AUGGUGACCUACCAUGAAGCGCUCUGCGUGACCUUCUGCCUUCUAAACCUGGCUUGCAGCCUGGCUGACUCAUGCAAGGCUGAGAAAUGCCUUGCGGUUUCUGAGGAGGACACAGAUACAGCAUGGUUGCAGAUCAACAAAAGCUCUAGGCUGGUCUCAGAGAAGGCUCUCAGUUGUGAUCCUGAAGACCUUGCUUGCGAAGCCAAGGAGUUAGCCUGCAGCCUGAGGUACUUGAUGGAACGGGAUUGGCCGACUCGAAGCUACCCUAUCCACCCAGAGUUGGAUAAGAUCGUGUUUCAAUUGAGCACUGUUUGUGAAGGUGGUAAUGUUAGCUUGGCACUCGCCAAUGUCGACCGCAUUCGCGAACCGAGUGAUGCGAAACCUUCAGCUUCAGCUUCAUCCUGCAGUCCUGCUGAUAGUUGCACUACCAACGUGGUCGAGUAUCAGAAACAACAUCCGGGUGCAGCUUACGGGAUGAGCGCGGGGCGGAUUGCAGCCUCUACAGCCAUUUCAACCAUCAAUGACAUUCUCCGGUCAACGAAAGUCAUGGGAGUGGCAGGCAGUGUAGCCUUCACUCUCAUGAAUGGAUUCCUUGGAGCCUUCUUUCCUAGUGCAGGAGGCCUGCCAACCAACCCAUGCACCUAUGCCACAAAGAACUGGGGAAGAUGUGUUUGGGAACAGGUGAAGCCCUUUGUGGAGGAGUUUGUUGACCUGAAGAUCGACCAAACCUUUGAAGAGCUGUGGGAAGCAACGAUUAAAGGCUACCAGAACCGGUUAUGGGCUCUGAAUGCAACUGCAUACAGAGACUCCACGCAUUUUAACAAUGGCACAAUCAAACAUAUGCCUUACAAGGUUAGGAAGAGGAUGUUUGCGGACAUGUACCAAGUUCACAAUCAAAUGGUUGGCGACAUGAGUCUUUUUCUGACCAAUCAUUCGCUGCAAACCACUGCUGGCGCGUAUCUCUCCCAGUUUGCCUCUUUGCACAUCAGUGUGAUGACAAAUCUUCUAGGUAGCUCAACCUACCAGACGAAAGGCAAUCUCUAUGUCUUCGGGACCUAUUCAAUGUGCUAUGCCAAGUACGUUUACAACCGCUCAACUGAGGCUUUCAAAGCACGCAUGUCAUCUCUGGGAAGCAAGACAGUUGAUGAAGGUACUCAAAAGUGCUGCAACCUUUUUCCUUAUGGUCCAGGUCCUGAUUGCGUGAUGUGCCCCAAGGGCUAUGGAGAGUUUUGGGACAAUUGGCGUGAAUGCAGCUGGGAGAAGCUACAGUACGGACUGGGUUGCGCACCAUUGACGGCCGCUUGCGGUAGUGACCCGGUUGCCAUAUUUUCAAUGACCCAGUGCUUUACCAACCACCGCAAUGAGGUUGAGAAACAGGCUGUGGCUUUUUGGCAGAGCUGGCUCGCACCGAUCCCAAUGUGGUUGAACAAUGUGAUGCUCAUGCAGAAGAUUGAGGUGAAAGUGAGAAAGCAGGCUGAGAAAUACCUUGCGGUUUCUGAGGAGGACACAGAUACUGCAUGGUUGCAGAUCAACAAAAGCUCUAGGUUGGUCUCAGAGAAGGCUCUCAGUUGCGAUCCUGAAGACCUUGCUUGCGAAGCCAAGGAGUUGGCCUGCAGCCUGAAGGAGACGAUGGAAAAGGAUUGGCCCACUCCAAGCCACUACCCUAUUCACCCAGAGUUGGAUGAGAUCUAUUCUCAGUUGAGAACCGUUUGUGAAGGUGGCCAUCUUAGCUUGGGAGUCAUCAAUGUGGACCUCAUUCGCGAAUCGAGUGAUGCAACAGCUUCUGCUUCAGCUUCAUCCUGCAGUCCUCCUGCUAGUUGCACUACCAACGUGGUCGAGUAUCAGAAACAACAUCCGGGUGCGGCCUACGGGAUGAGCGCGGGGCGGAUUGCGGCCUCUACAGCCAUCUCAACCAUCAAUGACAUUCUCCGGUCGACGCAAGUCAUGGGAGUGGCAGGCAGUGUAGCCUUCACUCUCAUGAAUGGAUUCCUUGGGGCCUUCUUCCCUAGUGCAGGAGGCCUGCCAACCAACCCAUGCACCUAUGCCACUGAGAACUGGGGAAGAUGUGUUUGGGAACAGGUGAAGCCCUUUGUGGAGGAGUUUGUUGACCUGAAGAUCGACCAAACCUUUGAAGAGCUGUGGGAAGCAACGAUUAAAGGCUACCAGAACCGUUUAUGGGCUUUGAAUGCAACUGCAUACAGAGACUCCACGCAUUUUGAUAAUGGCACAAUCAAAGAUAUGCCUGACAAGGUCAGGACGAGGAUGUUUGAGGACAUAUACCAAGUUCACAAUCAAAUGGUUGGCGACAUGAGUCUUUUUCUGACCAAUCAUUCGCUGCAAACCACUGCUGGUGCGUAUCUCUCCCAGUUUGCCUCUUUGCACAUCAGUGUGAUGACAAAUCUUCUAGGUAGCUCAACCUACCAGACGAAAGGCAAUCUCUAUGUCUUCGGGACCUAUUCAAUGUGCUAUGCCAAGUACGUUUACAACCGCUCAACUGAGGCUUUCAAAGCACGCAUGUCAUCUCUGGGAAGCAAGACCGUUGAUGAAGGCACUCAACAGUGCUGCAAGCCCUUUCCAUAUGGUCCAGGUCCUAAUUGCGUGACUUGCCCCAAGGGCUAUGGAGAGUUUUGGGACAAUUGGCGUGAAUGCAGCUGGGAGAAGCUACAGUACGGACUGGGUUGCGCACCAUUGACGGCCGCUUGCGGUAGUGACCCGGUUGCCAUAUUUUCAAUGACCCAGUGCUUUACCAACCACCGCAAUGAGGUUGAGAAACAGGCUGUGGCUUUUUGGCAGAGCUGGCUCGCACCGAUCCCAAUGUGGUUGAACAAUGUGAUGCUCAUGCAGAAAAUUGAGGUGAAAGUGAGAAAGCAGGCCUUUCGAGUGUCCCAAUUCACCUGCCCUGUUUGA